AUGAAGCACACACCCAGAUGUCGACCUACCCUGUGCAGGAAGGGGCUGACCGUUAAGGGGAGGCCUCACUUCUGCAACUUUGUGAACCAAGCCUCGCUCCAUCAUCGUUUCGGACGAGACCACUCGCGACCUUUCUCCGGCGACAGCGACUUCAGCAGGAGCAGGCGGUCGGAGGCCAACCACGAUGUCGGGUCACAUCACUGGAAAAAUAACGGCCGGCUUUUCAGAAGGCAGAGCGGCACGCAGGGUCGGCCAGGCUCACCGUCGUCAGCUGACGACGGACACAUCCGUGAUGAUCUUGACCUGCUUACUGACGUCACCGGCGGGUCGACAAGCACCCGGAGGAGCGGGGGCACUGAGGUUGUCAAUAACAAAACGAUUCCGACUGUGAACUUUCCUUCAACUCCGAGCCAACAAAGUGAACCACCUCCGGGUACUUUCCGUCGCAACUUAGAGGAAUCGCGGAAAAAAUCGUCAAAGGAUGACAGCACGUGCAAGUCCUCCACUUCUGCCAAAAGCAAAUCGUCAAAGUCAUCGUCAUCGCGCGGGUCCGGCAAGCCGCUUCCAGCAGACGGCCAGGAUGAAGGCGGCAGAGACAAACGACUGAAUGGUGCGAAGAAAGGAAAGAAGUGUCAGGACAGGCACCACAGUCGGAAAGGAGCAGAAGGAGAAGGUGGCAACGCUCCGCAGACUGAAGAAACAGCAGAAACAACAAAAGCUGCACCGGAAGCCGGAGAAAAUCUGUUGGAAGUAAAUGUCAAAGUUCCAGACCUGCCACAUGCUCGCUCACCCAAGAGAGAUCAGGGUCGGUCUCCUGGCAACAAGAACGAGCGCCGCCUGAUACCUCCUCCAUCGGAAGGGAGACAGAUGCUACCACAUGAGCUGUUGGACUUGAAUCUUUAUCAUCUCACUGGCUUUGAUUUCGGAGACAUGGAGGCAUCUACGGCAGAUUCGUCUAGGAAGAAGCAGACUUCAUGGAUGAAUGACCGGAUGGCUUUGUCCCAACAGUCAAGUCGCUUUGAGCUGCCGAUGGAUAUGAAAGAGCUGGAGAGAAUCACACCACAGGAGUAUCUCAAAACUUUCUGUAUUGUCACCUCACGGCGAUUAAACUUGUACCAGAAAGUCUUUAUAAAACACAAGGAUCGCACCAACCAUCUCAAUAAAGAGAGUCUGACCCAGUGUCUGAAGGAGGUGCUCAUCGAAAUGCUGACAGAGGACACCCUCAGCGAGGUGUUCCAGCUGGUCGAGAUAUCGGAGGAGACCCGCAUCGACUUCAGACUCUUCUCGGGUAUAGCCGCCCUGGCCGAGCGAAUGCUGUACCCGAACUACACCACCGUGGACACGAUGGACAAGAGCGAGUACCAACGCGCGAUCCUCGAGACCGCGGACUUCGGCAACCUGACCUGGAAGCUGGACGGGGUCAAGGUCGUAGAGGGCACGAGGAAGCUUCUGGAGGCAGUGAACGGCUGCAGCACAAGGACCUAACCGUCUCCCAGCUACAGUGCGUUGCUAUGUGGUCUGCUCACUCCAGGCUGGCAAAUGAAUAUCUGACGAUUAGAGUGAGCAUGAACCGUUCGUGCCACGCACGCACGCACACGGACACACACACACACGCACCGACAGACACACGUUUCUGUUGGAGUCAGGAACUGUUUGUAAGACACUUCAAAUGCUCACCCUCACAGUCGCGAAGCUUAACAACCAAACAGUAACAGCAAACACUGAAAACUAUUAACUAACUCGUUCCAGCUGUACCCAGGGUACCGGUACCCAUAACAAUCAGUACAGGGCAAAGGUCGGUGAGUGGUAACUGAAGAGUGCACGACUGACGCCGUUACUGAUUUUUUUUUUUACCAUUCGUGGGAGAUAAUUAGUUGCUGUUAUCAGGCCUGGACAAACAAAAUGUCCAUUAUUAUUAAGCAAUUUAUCAAAUAAACAGAACUUUUACAGAAA